AUGAUUUCGAAAGGAAACUAUGUGGUUUUGAUGAUCAUUAUUUGUUUUUUAUGCAAAUACAACCAGUCAACUUGGCAUCCGUUUAUUGCAUCACCUUGGCAGAGACGUUAUUCUACUUUCUCAAAAGCAGAUCGGAUGGAAGCGAUGAAAGAGGCUCGGGAAAUGUUCUAUUUCGGUUACGAAAACUAUAUGAGCCAUGCUUUUCCUGCUGACGAAUUAGAUCCUAUUCAUUGUACAGGAAGGGGACACGAUCAUGGUGAUCCAUCCAAUAUCAAUAUCAAUGAUGUAUUGGGUGACUAUUCAUUAACGUUGAUCGACUCGCUGGAUACUCUGGUCAUACUAGGAGAUUAUGAAGAGUUCAGACGAGCUGUUUUUCUCGUUAUAAACACGGUAUCGUUCGAAAAGAAUACCACUGUGCAAGUAUUUGAAGCCACUAUUAGAGUUAUUGGGUCCUUACUGUCUGCUCAUCUCAUUGCAUCGGAUCAGUCGCGUAUGUUAGGCGACUUUUACAUUCCUGAAUACAAUGGUGAAUUGCUGACACUAGCUCAUGAUUUGGCUGCACGCCUUCUUCCUGCGUUCGAAGGCACCAAGACGGGAAUCCCGUAUCCCAGAGUCAAUUUGGUGCACGGAGUUCUUCCUGACACCAUCGAGGAAACUUGUACAGCCGGCGCGGGGUCUCUUUUAGUAGAGUUUGGAAUUUUGUCCAGGUUGUUAGGAGAUCAGACGUUUGAACGUACUGCAAGGCGAAUCAACGAGAAACUGUGGGAGCUCCGCGACAGUAACACUGGUUUACCAGGAAAUGUAAUCAACAUUCAGACUGGGGAAUGGGUAGGAUAUCUUAGUGGAGUUGGCGCUGGUCUGGAUUCAUUUUACGAAUACUUUCUGAAAGCCUAUAUCUUAUUUGGCGAAUCGCGCGAUCUGCAAUUAUUCAACGAGGCAUAUAACGCCAUUCUCGCGAAUAUGCGGCGUGGAAGAAUUAUGUGCAACUCUCAGGAUGGAGAACCUCCAUUAUUUGUUAAUGUGGACGCUCGAGAUGGUACCACUGCCAAUACAUGGAUCGAUUCUUUACAAGCAAGCUUUGCCGGGCUUCUGGUAUUAGCUGGUCAUCUGGAGGAAGCAAUAUGUCAACAUGCGUUCUACUAUGCGGUGUGGAGUAAAUACGGUGUUCUACCAGAGCGUUAUAAUUGGUAUCUUAAACGCCCUGAUGUUAGUUUUUACCCUCUACGGCCCGAGUUUGUGGAGUCAACAUAUUUUCUGUAUUUGGCCACUAAAAAUCCCUUUUACCUUCAUGUCGGUAGAGAAAUUAUGGAUUCCUUGAACAGUAAAACAAGAGUGAAAUGUGGGUUUGCCACCGUUCAUAAUGUAAACGAUGGUAGUCUCGAAGAUCGCAUGGAGUCAUUUUUCCUCGCUGAAACGAUGAAAUAUCUCUACUUGUUGUUUGAUGAGGAAAAUCCUGUUAACCUCCGACAAGAGCGGCUACUUUUCACUACUGAGGGUCAUGUUGUACCAAUUCUUCAUCGAUUCAGAACGCAUUCGUUCGUUGAACCUCGCUUUCAUAUCAGAACAAAUCUCCGCAGAUUACUUGGAGGUCCAGAGCAAGGACUCAUAUUCGCUAAUGGCGAUGAGGCCGUCAGGCGUCCUUCGGAAAGCUAUAGCAGAUCUGUUGGAAAUUCAUCGUGUGAGACAACGGAAGCAUUCCCACGACACAUACCUCCUCUCAACGAUCACCAUAUGAAGGAAAUUUUCCAUUCUGUUGGUCUUAUGUGGGAGUGGUGGAGUUGA